CUCACAUCUUGUUGAAAACACCUUGACGUCUGCAUUAACAGGUUUUCUUCACCCGAGCAGUGGCAGCAAAUUUCUUGUUAAUUAAUUUUUUCGUGUUUGCUUACAAGUUGCAACAUCUGUGUAUAGUUCCUUUAAUUAAACCCAAACUUAAAAUUGGACAUAAACCAAAUAAACAAAGAAAUACUUUCCGAUAUAUUGUAUAAAACUAUGAACUCUGAAACGACAGCUACCCCAACACCCGCAGCUGCAGAGAACAUUAACGCCCCCUCCAACACCUGCCCCAGCACUUCUAACACACAACAAGAUGACAGUGAUAACGGUGAGCAAAUCAUAAAUUGGGUAGAAGAGGCUACAGCUAUAAUUAAGGAUGUUAGGACACAUGUAGCAGAGAUAGAUAUUUCGAAAACAUUGCCCAGUAAUGAAUCACACAUAUACCUUAAUAUACGAACGUUUGAAGGAGCCGCUUACUGUGUACAUGUGUCCAGUUUAGGGUUUCGUAUUGUUUCCGAGCUCUAUGACACUAUCGAUAGCGAUAAAGCAGAAAUCGAUGAAGAGGAGGAAGUUUUCGAAACACCUUAUGCUUUAUUAGAUAAAAUAAGUCCACGUUAUGUAGAAUCAUUUGGCAAUCAAUUGUGUAAACAACUAUUGCAAUUACAACAAAUGAGAACUGAAUUUAAUGAGGAAGAUGAAGAAGGUUUAGAGGAGGAGGAGGAGGAGGAAGAGCAGCAAGAGAAUAACACCAAAACUUUAGUGUAACAUUAUGACAAUAAGCAAAAGGAGUACUACAUAUAAAAACGACCAAACCCUCUUGGACAACUUUCUCUAGCAAAUAAACCAAACCAAAAGAGAGCUCCACACUCAGUGGAAUUUGUAGUCGAUUUUCAACAAUAUGAAUGACCUCGUUAUAUAUUAAUAAUAGGGGUCAUUUGUUUGUUAAAAAAAAGUAAGAGGAAAGUGGCUACUGAAUAUAUAAAUGUGUGUUUAUUUGUAGUUUUUUAUUUAGAAUUGAUAAGUUAUGUAUGUAUUGUAAUAUUUUUUUUCUAAUUUAAUUAAUAAUUUAAAUUCAAUGCAACAGCAGCAGCAAUAGUGUUUGUAAUGGCGUAAAAAUAUUUAUGCUGAUUAACAUUAUUGGGAUCACUUAACUUGUUGAGAGAGAUUAUAUAUUGUGUUUUCUGCAUUUUUAGACUUUUAAGCGUUUCAAAAAUAAAGAUUGUGAUUGCAGUUCCAAA